AUGAACCACGGAAGCCACGGGAGCCACGGAACCACAGCAACUCCCACCAACACAACUUCCCCACCAAUGCAUCAUGUGAUGAUGAUGAUGACUGUUUGUCGUGUUCUAAUAACUUUCUAUUUUCCAGAUGUACUUUAACACAGAUAUGCCUUUUUAUCUCCUAUUUCGGGAGUGGGAGAUUGACACACCCGGAAGUAAUUUUGUUAAAUUUUUGACACUUUCCUUGAAGAGCUUGCUGGUGCAUUUUUCGGAUGCUUCUUUUUGGCGAUGUUGUACGAAGGUAUCAAGGUAAGACAUCCGGUUAAAUAACUUUUUACACCUGUCACCGUUUGGUAUAGGAGAGAGAACGUCUAAUUUUCGUUUUAAUUGGUCUGCUAGCAUGUACAAUAUCUUGAAAUUGUAAAUGGGGUUGCCGUCCAAGCAGCAGUGUCCUUCAUUCUGAAGAAAAUAUCCGUAUGCGAUACAUUUGGUAGCAACAGAUCUCAUUUGGUGUUUUGGUGUUACAGGGAACCAACCUUAUGCAUAGCUAUAAUAAUCAGUUUUGCUAGCUGGCAUUCCGCUCUUCUGCGGUUUGUCCCAUGCUCCCAUACACAAUUUCGGUGUCUAACCGCCAUGUCUUCUUUGAUUGACUCUUCGCUUCAUCACCCGGACGCGUAUUUUCCAUUGGCCUGCCACAGUUUUUGAGGUGGUGAAAUCAACCAUCCACUCAGACAAAAAUAGGUACAGGAAACAUGCCCCGGAAGUGAUGUAAAACCAUUAAGUAAUCGGUAAGAGAUGACGGGACGUGGGCGACAUAAUUCGUAGUCUUCGUUAGUUAAUUGACUUUGAUUUCCUCAACCCUCAGACAAGUGUGCGUGACUGCUCGCCAUUACCUGAGUGUAGCGUACUUGUGCUGACCUUGCCGGCCCUGUUUUUGCAAAAUUGAAUUUUUCCAUGAAGGGGAUGUCAUCCGGAGUCUCGCUGACCACUAAAAUCUAUCCAACCUGUAUUCCUCCGCCUAGUACCAGCGGAUUAUUCUGCUGGUAGUCCCUCGGUUUUCGAUCCAAGUGUUGUUGAUGAAACUUUCUCGCCUCCCUCUCCAGGCCGGCGUCUCAUUUCGAUUUUAAGCCUUAUCGUUAUUUAUAUGUUAGUAAUUCAUUUAUUCCUUACCACCCUUACACCACUGUUUACUGUGUGACUCGUAAAUGACUGCGCAAAGCCCACCAAUUCGACAUAUUUUUUUCCUUUAAUCACUGCAAGUCAAGUUUCCUAUUGUCUCACGUAAUCCAUUUUCUUCAGCCUGCUCUAUUGUUUUCGUUCUAUGGAGCGUGCUGUCGCCGACAUAGUUCAAACAGCGAUUCCUUAAUUCACAAAGUCUUGGUCAGGUUUUUCUUUGAUACAGUAUCAUAGGGUUACCUUAUCUUGAUACCUCUAUCUGUGUUGGAUGAAGUGCACGUAGGUAACUUCCCAUGGGUAAGGCAGCAGCUCACAAGUGGAGUAAUUAACGUGAGCAUCCAAGGCAUGAACUUGUGUCUGUUUCUGGAGGGAUCUUCUUUUGUUUAAUAAGUUACGUGACCGACUCAUUGCCUACUAAGGCUCGAAAAGAUGUAAAAAUAUUUGAUCCCUUGAACUAGUCGAAAGCUCCGAAGCAUUAUCUGUGGUCUGUUUGACGCUUUCUCAUUCUUUUUAACUUAGAGCUUUCGUGAACGUCUUCUGGCUGGAAAUUUUGCCGCCCCAUGUCCCCACUGUCACGCCGAAGAUUUAAAACGUAAUAACGAACACACCUCAACAGCUUGCUCAUCACGAGGACCCGGAGGGCCGGACCAUGCCGACACUCCCUCAGCAGUCCUAGAAGGCCACGUCUCAGGACGACCGCGGUCUGGUGGAGUGUACGUUGUUAAUUUUGUAGACCAAAUGUUUGCGACCAGGAGCAACACGCCUUUUUUGAUCCUGUCAUUAUUCGAUUCUCAACGGCGCCCUGUUGGAUAUUGCGUGCCUCUAAAUUUGGGAUUGAGGACGUUCGUAUCCACCAUCUCCUUGUCUAACCUGGCUUUAUUCACACAUGUUACGAUUACUGGAAGUGGAAUCAUACGCGGCCACGUAGAAUUAAUUCUUGGGCCGCAGCAUUCACUAUAGUGAUAGUAAAUCAUCUAAAGUAGAUGCCGAGAACUUUUUAUAGUCGGAGUACUGCAGAUAUUGGCAAAUUGUCCUCGUGCCUGAGCAUUGCCAUGCCGAUUGAGCAUCUAAUUCAUACUAGGAAUUUUGUAGUUAGCGAUCAUGGUCUCUGCAUUUCCUUCUAUAAGCUCCUGCAGAAUGACAGACAAGAAGUCGGAAAGACGCUGCCUGUCUUUAAACUUAUCUAGUGGCCGCCCGGCACGUCCACUUGUGGUAAAACGGUCUUUCGCGAAGGUUAUCCGUGAAAUAAGAUAUGCUUAUUGCGAAUAAUGGGUUAUGGGUUAGUAGCGAUGUGCUGGCGGACUGCAGAGGAUUGAGAAUCAGGACAUCUACCGUAUAAAAUGUCCCCUCGCCUGAUGAUGGUACUAACAUGGCGACACAGGCCAGCUUCUAAUGCCACCGCCCCUACACAUAGCCAAAUAUAAAAAGUUAUUGUCUUAAACUAACCCACGAUGUGUUAAUUGUACAUAGACAGAGCUGGUAAGACUAGAAGCCUAUGAAGUCACAGCAAGGCCUUGGGGUAAUAACACAAAGUUUAUGUCUCUCUAGUCUUUUUUCGCCUGCAUCUGAUCCCGCGUAGCUAGCGCUGCGUGUGUAGAAUCUGUUCACUUACCGACUAGUUAAGAUUUAACUAGAAGACGCUCAUGUCUACGUCACCUACCGGCCAACUACUACUCGCAGCUGUAAAUCGUGGCCGGAAACGUUCACAGCUAUCGAUCGGCCGAAUCGGCCUCUUUACCCCCCAGGCGUUUCACAUCCAUGUUCCAACUCAUCACUGACGAUUGCAUCAAAGGCGGCAGGCGCACGUAGCAUCUGUAUCCGAUAACCAUAGUAUUCUUCGUGCGCCCAUCAUAGCUAUCUUUGUUUUGGGUUUCAUAGAGUUAAUCCCUUCUCCGAGCGGUCGGGCUCUUUCUGUAUGAAUUUCUUUACAAGAAGUGCAUGACAUAGCUUUCUGCCCCUAAGAAGGGGUCGCAGCACGGGUUGUCCUUCAAACUGCUCGAAUUUUUACGCCUUACGACGAAAAUUACCCACAAGGACACCGAUGUCCUACUUGACCGUUUGUGCGACCUAGAUAUCCAGUUGUCAACAGUAGUGAAUAGAAGUGCGGCAGUAGAAAUAUGCAUAAAAAUUCUGCAAUAAACUCUUCCUGGGGCUGCAGAGCGCCAUUUAUGCGUACUGGAAUUAGUUUUUUGAAGGAAAACGGCCGCCGACCUGCGAAAUUCUACCCAUUACGACGCCAUCCGUUCCCUGUGUCAACCCCUGCUGAACUUAUAUGAAUAUGUGCGUGGGUUGUCUUCUACAUUUUGGAAGAGAAAGUAGAGACAGUCUACCUUCCUCAUUUUUAACAUUCGAAAAAAUGGGGCGAAGGCAUAUGUUCAGUUAUUUCCACAAACCAUCUAUGCUCUUCACGCGCGUUCAACAAUCUUCGGGGAAAUGGAUGUGCUGACUGGUCUCGUGGUAAGGACUUAAAGUGAUGGCCUCGUUUGCGUAUCUCAGCUGUAUGGUAGCUACACCUCGAAGGAUACCGGCGUCGGAUGAAUGGAGCCUUUUCUUGCGUUCGAGUGGAGUUUUGUGGUGUUGCAGUGCAGUUAACACACCCUUCAGCGCUUUUGCACGUCUCAUCAAGCGCCUGCCAUACAAUAGUGCGAAUGCCACAAGUGCCUCUAUGGGUUAGCUCUGUAAAACGUUUUGAUGUCGACGUGCUCUAUAAUUUCGGACCUACAUUAUGAGUGUGGGUGGGGAGUUUUCGCACUUCUCUGAGAACUACGGCUCCAUCGAAAAUCGAUGAAAAAAUGUGUACCACGUGGGAAGUCCCUUUUUUCUGGAGUAACUGGUGACCAGAAUUUUGCAUAAUUAAGGCCAGCUUGCUGCGGCAUAUGAACUUAGUUAUUGGUCACGUUCCAUGCUAGUGCUGAUCACCACCUCGUCUAAGAAAUUCCUUCUGUUCAAAACCAUGGUCGGAACUCCCAGCCAAUGCCUCAUGCUUUUCGUCGUACAAUGUAAGUUGUUUGUGAUACUCGAUAAGGUCUGGAUGGAAGACUGGUGAGCCUUCCUUUGCAGAAUGCCUUUUGCAUCGCAGUAAUCAUCGUCUCGGGUAUGGCGGGACGCCAAGGGGCGGCUCCGGCCGCACCAGCUACCUGCGCCCCCUCCCACCUCCGGUCUUCUUGACUAUGCCUUGGCGUCAAGCCCAGGUGGGGGGGAGGAGAGAGAGAGCGGUAGACGUUGCACAAGUCUACGUUCAUUGUAAGCUAAGUCACGUACAACCACCGUGCCUGCCGCACCUUGCUGUCAAGCACCCGGUUGAAAUCGUCAUCAGCUAUAGUCAAACCUAGAAUCCUAGUCUGACGUGCAAUUCCAAAGACAGGUCUGCAGCUAGCCGAACUAAUAGUCAUCCAGUCAACCCAAGAUUCUCUAAUUGAGUGCAUGACAGCAAGUUCUUGUGUGAUGCCGGAAACGCAGAGGCCUAUCACAAGUCAUACACUCACAAAAGCCCUGUCUUCCCUUUUCGAUGACGCCCUGAAGUUGUUCUGCUUCAGACUCCAAUGUCAUGAUUACCCAAUUAAAAAUCAAAUAUCCCAGUACGUUAUCCAUUUGGUAAAGUGACCCACCGGAACUGCACGGGUAAGCUACAUGCGUCGCAAGUCCUUUCUUUCUUAUCCGAAUGGAAUUUUAUAUAGAUUGAAGUGUUUUAAGUCUUGACUCCUUUUUUGCCCCCCCCCCGUUCCCUUGAUGCAGAGACUUGGGCUACUUUACGAAGAUUCAUCUUAUGCAGACCGGCCUUCACGUGCUUCACCUGAUCGUUUCCUACAUGGCAAUGCUGGUCGUAAUGACAUAUAAUGUCUACAUGUUCUUGGCCAUCGUCCUCGGCGCUAUGUUUGGCUACUUCAUCUUCUUUCGGCGUCGUUUCGUCAUGUUCAACGAGCAGGACUGCUGUCAUUGA